GUCUCGGAAGUACGCGUCAGAGAGGAAACUUCUCCGCUACUCCGCGAUGUAAACAUGACCAUGCCUCCGACGUGCAGCGGGCUGUUGUGUUUAUCUCUGCUCCUGGGGAAGAGCCUCCUCGUUUCGUCCGUGCAAGUUGUUACCUCAGGUCAGCAGAACAUCAGUCUGAACGGUAAAUGGACUCUGGAGAACUCCAACGGAUCCCUGUCGUUGCCUGCAGAGGUCCCGGGCUGCGUGCAUACGGCCCUGCUGAAGCAGGGGUACAUACAGGACCCUUACUACCGGUUCAACGAUGUGGCCUACGGCUGGAUCGCGUUGGACAACUGGACGUACACAUCCACGUUCACUGUGCCUUCCGACAUGAGAGCCAAGCAGAGAGUGAUGCUGGUCUUUGAGGGCAUCGACACCAUAUCUACAGUGUCUCUAAACGGAGCCGCUGUCGGCAGGACAGACAACAUGUUCCUGCAAUACGACUUCAGCGUGGGGGCCCUGUUGACGGAGGGGGACAACGUGCUGACGGUUAGCCUGGCGUCGCCGGUGCGCUACGCCGCCCAGCGCAGCGAGGCGCACUCCUACAGGGUGCCUCCUGACUGCCCCCCAGAGGUCCAGCAGGGGCAGUGCCACGUCAACUACAUCAGGAAGGAGCAGAGCUCCUUCGGUUGGGACUGGGGCCCCUCCUUCCCCACCGCAGGGCUCUGGAAGGGGGUCCGCCUGGAGGCCUACGACGUCCUCCGUGUGGUCCACCUCGCUACCGUCCCCGUCUACAACCAGACCAGCUCUGGGUGGAGGCUGCAGGUGGAGCUCCAGGUGGAGGUGGUGGCGGAGGUGACCCGCGGCCAGCUCACCCUCUCCCUCCCUGGGCUGGACACACAGCAGACCUUCCCUGUGCGGUUCCUCCCUGGGAGGACCAGGAACACGUACACACUGCACGUCACCACGAGCGGACCGGUGGAGCUGUGGUGGCCCAGCGGCCACGGGGACCAGCCCUCCUACCCCCUCACCCUUCAGGGGGUCCUGGGGCCGGGGCUGAACUUCACCGCAGACACCAAGGUGUAUUUCCGCACAGUGGAGCUGGUCCAAGAACCGGUCCCGGGUUCCCCCGGCCUCAGCUUCUACUUCCGGGUCAAUGGGAAGGCGGUUUUCAUGAAGGGGUCGAACUGGAUCCCAACACACUCCUUCCAGGACCUGGUCUCCCCUGCUGGCGUCCGGUCUCUGCUUGAGUCGGCGGUGGCGGCCAACAUGAACGCUCUGAGGGUGUGGGGAGGGGGCGUGUACCAGCAGGACCUGUUCUACAGCCUCUGUGAUGAGCUGGGUGUCAUGGUCUGGCAGGACUUCAUGUUCGCCUGCGCCCUCUACCCCACGGAGGAGGACUUCAUGGACAGCGUCCGCGAGGAGGUCCGCCAACAGGUGAGGCGUCUGAAGUCCCACCCCUCAGUGGUGCUGUGGAGUGGGAACAACGAGAACGAGGUCGCCCUGGCAACCAACUGGUUCGGGAUCCCGGGGCCCGAGAGGCCCCUGUACGUCAAGGACUACGUGAAGCUGUACGUGGACAACAUCAGGGCCCUCGUCCUGGAGGAGGACCAGAGCCGGCCCUUCCUGGCGUCCAGCCCCACCAACGGGCUGGCCUCGGAGCGCCAGGGCUGGGUGGCCGACGACCCCUACGACCCCCGCUACGGGGACACCCACUACUACAGCUACAGCCGGGACUGCUGGGACUGGAGCGCCUUCCCCCGCACGCGCUUCGCCUCCGAGUACGGCUUCCAGUCCUGGCCCUCCUUCUCCACCCUGCAGAAGGUCUCGGUCCCAGAGGACUGGAGCUGGGACAGCCCGUUCUCCUCCCACCGCCAGCACCACGCCGAGGGGAACCGGCAGAUGCUGGAGCAGGCGGGCCUCCGCUACCACCUGCCCAACGCCACCGACCCCCUCAGGAGAUACAAACACACGCUGUACAUCACGCAGGUGAUGCAGGCCCAGUGCGUCAAGGCCCAGACGGAGUUCUACAGGCGGAGUCGGAGCGAGGUCGUCGGGGGCAAAGGUCACACCAUGGGCGCCCUCUACUGGCAGCUCAACGACAUCUGGCAGGCCCCCUCUUGGUCCUCCAUCGAGUUCGGGGGCAAGUGGAAGAUGCUGCACUACUUUGCCCAGCGGUUCUUCGCUCCGGUUCUGCCAGUGGGGUUCGAGGACGGCGUUUCCAUGGUGAUCUACGCCGUGUCUGACCUGAGCGUCGACCUCAAUCUCACAGCCCAGGUCUCGGUGUUGUCCUGGUCCCGGCCGGACCCCGUGUGCACGCUGAGCUCGCCCGCGACCCUCGUGCGCGGGAACAGUGCCACGCCCAUCUUCCGGCAGCCCGUCGACGCCUUGCUCAAGGGCUGUGGAAACUGCACCCGCCGCUCUUGCUUGCUGGCCUUCCACCUGGAGGACAACCACGGGGCCCGGUGGGGCCCCGGAAACCACCACUUCCUCUGCUCGCCGCGAGACGCAGAGGGCAUAGAGGCCCCCCACAUCACUGCGGAGGUGCGUGGGGACGUGGAGCGAGGCUACACCGUCACCCUGCGCUCCACCUCCGUGGCCCCCUUCGUCUGGCUGGACGCGGGGGACGUCCCCGGGCGCUUCGGCUCCAACGGCUUCCUCAUGGCCUCCAGGAGCCAGGAGGUGGGCUUCGUCCCCUGGGGCCCCACCAGCGCGGAGGAACUGGGCCGGGCCCUCACAGUCACCUCGCUGAGGGACGUCUACUGAUGUAAAGGGGGGGGGGGGGGGGGCCGAGGCUCUGGGGCCCGACAGGGGGGCCCCAGAAGACCUCCAUGGGGGCUGAGAGUGUGUGGGGGGUAGGUCGUCUGGGGCCUCUUCAUUUGCACCUGUCAGUCCAGCUGUUGUCCGGUUUUCUUUCAGACUUUGAGGGAUUGAUGGUGUGUAGAGCGCUCCAUGUUUCCGACCACAACAGCCAAAGAUCCAUGCACUGGAUUCAGCCUGGACAAGAUUCAGCAGAUUUUAUAAUUAUUAUUCAUCUGUUGGUUCGGCGGAGGAGAGGGCAGACGCAAACUUUGCACUGAAUUAUUUUCUUUUUAUUACAUAUUUUUUAGUUUCGAUUCACUUUUGUAAUCUAUUGAUUUGAUGUUUUGAUGAAUAAAAAGCAAGGAUCAUUAAAAUACU